UCCAUGGGUGGCCACCUGUCCCCAUGGCCCAUGUAUGCCAGUGGCCAGACCAUUCUGCCGAACCGAAAGCCCUGUUCAGAGGACUACCGGAAGCGAGAAGGUAGCUGGCAGCAGCAGUCCUUGGGCAUUGCCAAGCCGAGGUACUUGGAGCAGCUGGAAAACUACCUGCGCAAGGAGCUCCUCCUACUGGACCUGGGUACGGAUUCUGCCCAGGAGCUGAGACUGCAGCCUUACAGAGAGAUCUUUGAGUUCUUCAUAGAGGACUUCAAAACAUACAAGCCAUUGCUGUCCUCCAUCAAGAAUGCAUAUGAGGUCAUGCUGGCCCACCAGAGGGAGAAGAUACGGGCUCUGGAGCCCCUGAAGGCCAAGCUUGUCACUGUGAAUGAGGACUGCAAUGAGAGGAUCCUGGCCAUGCGGGCUGAGGAGAGAUAUGAAAUCUCCAUGCUCAAGAAGGAGAAGAUGAAUUUGCUAAAACUCAUUGACAAGAAGAAUGAAGAGAAGGUCUCACUGCAGAGUGAGGUGACCAAACUGAGGAAAAACUUGGCUGAGGAGUACCUCCACUACCUCAGUGAGCGAGAUGCCCGCAAGAUACUCCUUGCAGACCUGAAUGAGCUACGCUAUCAGCGGGAGGACAUGUCACUAGCCCAGUCUCCGGGGAUCUGGGGGGAGGACCCCAUGAAGUUAACACUGGCUCUGAAGAUGACCCGGCAAGACCUGACACGCACGCAGAUGGAGCUCAACACUAUGAAGGCCAACUUUGGAGAUGUAGUACCCAGGAGGGACUUUGAAAUGCAGGAGAAGACCAACAAGGAUCUGCAGGAGCAGCUGGACAGCCUGCGAGCUGACUAUGAAGAAGUCCGCAAGGAGCAUGAGAUACUGCUGCAGCUGCACAUGAGCACACUGAAGGAGCGGGACCAGUUCUAUGCUGAGCUGCAGGAGAUCCAGCGCACCUCCACGCCACGGCCCGACUGGACCAAGUGUGAAGAUGUCGUGGCAGGGGGCCCAGAGCGUUGGCAAAUGCUGGCCGAGGGUAAGAACAGUGACCAGCUGGUGGACGUGCUCCUGGAAGAGAUUGGCGAGGGGCUGCUCCGGGAGAAAGAUUUCUUCCCUGGUCUGGGCUAUGGGGAAGCCAUCCCCCCUUUUCUUCGGUUCGAUGGCACUGUGGAGAACAAGAAGCCAACAAAGAAGGAGGUGGUAAACCUCCUCAAGGAUGCCUGGAAGGAACGUCUCUCUGAGGAGCAGAAAGAGCGGUUCUCAGAUUUCUUCUUCAAUUUUCUGGAGCGUCGCUUUGGGCCCACUGAUGCCAUGUCCUGGGCCUACACCAUUUUUGAAAAUAUCAAGCUCUUCCACUCCAACGAGGUCAUGAGUCAAUUUUAUGCAGUCUUGAUGGGAAAGAUGAAGGAGAGCGUGUAUAUCAAUCAGAAGGAGACAAUAGCACAGCUGCUGAAGGAGAUGACGAGUGUUGACAGUCAGAACGAGGGACUUCUAUCCAUGGAGCAGUUCGGCACCAUUCUCAAGAGUACAUUCCCCCUCAAGAAAGAAGAGCAAAUUCAGGAAUUGAUGGAGGCAGGGGGCUGGCAUCCCAACAGCAGCAAUGCAGACCUGCUCAACUACCGCUCAUUGUUUAUGGAGGAUGAUGAGGGCCAGAGUGAGCCCUUUGUUCAGAAGCUGUGGGAACAGUAUGUGGAUGAGAAGGAGGCAUAUUUGCAGGAACUAAAGCAGGAGCUGGGCCAGGAACUCUAUAAUGAGGUAACUCCACGCAAGUUGCGGGAAGCACUAAUGAACAUUGACCCCAGUCUGGACACUCAGACCCUGAACACCUACAUAAGCCAGGCCUUCCAGGUCCCGGUGACAGACCUGCCAGAGGAAGGUGACGAGAAGGAAGAGGACAUUAAGACAUGGCUUCAAACUGUGAUGGAACGACUUCAAGUGGCUGACAUCAGGCGCGUGGGGCCUCAAGGAGAGCCAGAGCCUGCAAGCUAG